AUGCAUCUUGCUCGUAGCCACGUGGGGCCAUGUCCGCCAGCCUCAUGGCACUCCAUUUGCCAGGACUUCCCCUUGGGCGUGGUCGCUCAUUCCGACGGCGACGUGGUGUACCACUCCACGACCGACGCCAUUCUCGGCGCCUUGGGCCUGCCGGACAUCGGCCAGCUCUUCCCGGACAACGAUCCGCGCUGGCGCGGCGCUGACUCCGAGCAGUUCUUCGAUGAGGCAGUGCGCCUGAUGGCGCUGCGGGGCUAUCGCAUCGGCAACAUCGAUGUGACCAUCAUCGCCCAGAAGCCCCGGCUGUCUGGAAGAAAAGUUGAGAUGAAGGACAACCUGGUGCGUAUCUGCGACACCAUCCCGGCGCGCGUGAACCUCAAGGCGCGGACUCAUGAGAAUUUGGACUCCGUGGGCGAGUGCCGGGCAUUGGAAUGCCAUGUUUGUGUGCUACUGGAGCGCAGCGAGCGCUGA